AUGGAACUUGCACAAUGCAAAGAUGAAAAUGAAGAUCUUUCUCAGAUGGUUAUAAACCUACGUAGAGGUUUGGAAACUCAGUCUAAAGAGAUUGAAAGUAAAUUACAAGGUCAAAUGGAUGAUUUAAUUAAAAGUAAUAUUGAUUUGAUAGAAAAGAAUAAUUUAUUGAAUGAUCAACUUGAAAAUUUAGAAAACAUGUUGGCUCGCAUUCUCUCGGCUGUUCAAAAUUUAAUUCAAUAA